UAACAACUGCUAUCCCUCAGCGUAGAAUUUCGCUGCUCUUAUUGUUCACUCUUCGCUGCUUCACUCAGUGAAGUCUCUCCUCCAUGGGAGGCUUAGAAGGAUGGAGGCCAGAGCUUUAGAAGAGGUGUUGAACUGUGCUGUGUGUCUCCAGGUGUACAAAGACCCUGUCACAUUGCCCUGCCAGCACAGCUUCUGCCUCAAGUGCAUCGAGGAUGUUUGGAACCAAGCAGUUGAUCAGGAUGGGUUCAGCUGCCCUCAGUGUCACAAGAAAUUCAACCCCAAGCCCAGUUUGGAGAGGGGCAUUCCCACUGUUACCUGUGAUUACUGCAUCGAGAGUCCGUCACCAGCUGUGAAGACCUGUCUGAAAUGUGAAACCUCCUUUUGUUCCUUGCAUUUGAAGCCACAUUUGACAAAAGAAACCUUCAAAGAUCACAAACUAGCUGACCCUGUGACUGAUCUUAGUCACAGAAAGUGCGCAGACCAUAAGAAAACUUUUGAGUUUUUCUGUCAGGAUGAUGGAGUCUGUGUAUGUUCUUCAUGUGCAGCAAUAGGCAGACAUAAAUCCCAUGCAAUGGUGAACCUGGAUCAGGCAGAAACUUCUAGAAAGGAAGAAUUGAAGAGAGAAGUUGAAAAACUCCAGAAGGUUCAACAGAAUUUUUCCUUCAAAGAGCAAGACAUUGAGAAAUCAGAAGCUGAAUUAAAGAAACUCACCAGAAAGCUGAAAGGAAACCUGUUGCAGAAAUUCUCUGAAAGGAGGAAACAGUUGGAAGAAGAUGAACAGUGUGUAUGGAGACUGAUCGAUGAGGAGGAGCUUUGCCAGCUCUCUGAGAUCAGGAGAUGUUCAGGAACAUUAGACAAGAUGGUGGAACAGCUUAAAUUAAUAAAUAAAGAAGCACAGAAGCUGAUGCAAGAGGACUGUAUCUCAUUUAUUCAGAAUUCAAAGGAGCACCUUUCCAGCAACAUCUGCCAAAAGCAGUGCCUUGAAAGGGGCAACAGCAGCUGUAUAUUGGGCAGCACCUGUAAAGGAAACUACUGGAGAACUGUGUGAUUAUAUUCAAUCUCAACAGAACCAAUCAGUGUUAACUGCCUACAAGUACCAGGGGCUGAAAGAAACCAUAUCCAAGUCUUCUGCAGGAGCAACAUUAGCUCAACAGCCAGAAAAAACAGAUCUGCAAGACAGCAAACAGAAAACGAAUGUACUGGAGAGACUAUCAAAAGUAUCAGAAGGUGCGGUGGUAACACUGAAAGAA